AUGGAAGCGGAUGUGAGGUUUCCGUGGAGACAACCCAGCCUGCGGAAGGCGGCGGCGGUGGUAGCAGUAGCACCACCUAAGGACAGAGUUUGGCCCUUCGCCUCGGCAGCGGGGGGCGGCGUCCCGGAGACUGCAGGCACUGAGCAAGCCUUGGUGAGGCCUCGAGGCCGAGGGGUGCCCCCCUUCGUAUUCACGCGCCGCGGCUCCAUGUUCUAUGACGAGGAUGGGGAUCUGGCUCAUGAGUUCUAUGAGGAGACAAUCGUCACCAAGAACGGCCAGAAGCGGGCCAAGCUGAGGCGGGUGUAUAAGAAUCUGAUUCCUCAGGGCAUCGUGAAGCUGGAUCCCCCCCGCAUCCACGUGGAUUUCCCUGUGAUCCUCUAUGAGGUGUGAGCCUGGUGGGUGACAGACACAAGCACCCCCUCUGACCCAGCGAGAAACUUCCAGUCUCAAGGUGUGGCUUCCAUUGAGAAACUCAGGCUGGGGCCACAACCCUGAAUAAACUGUUGGCCCAGAACCUUCAGCUGUGAGCAGGGCAGUCCUCAUAUAAAUUGGGUUUUGGUUUGUGUGUGGACAAGAGAUGGUUGGUGGCUGGCAAAGGCUAAUGGCAGAGUUACCAGCACAGCUUUCCCAGCCACCCCGGCAAGGAGCAUGGCAGGGCAUAUGCCAGUCAGAAAUGUGUGGUUCUGGUUUCCUUGCCUGGCCUGCUUUCUUCCAAGCUUGCCUAGGGCCCAGCCCUACUAGAAGCUACAGCACUUUACAUGCAAAGUCUGCCUUCUUCCAGCCCCUGGGCUUUGGGAGCUCUACACAAGUGGGAACUUCCUUUCCCUCACUUCCUUUUCCCCCUAGUCAGAGCAUUUCAGCCGUUUGCUACCUCGAUUCUUCCUGUACUAGACAGAGGCUGGGGACAGCACCAGCCUGAUUCUUCCCACCUACCUGCCAUUUGUUCCCACUUUCAGAGGGACAGUUUGCUGGUUGUUAACAAAAAUGAGGACUGGAACGGGUAGCUUCUCUCUUUCCCAGGGCUCGGCUAAUUGCUCCCCAGUGCAACUAGUUAUUGCCAUCUCCUCAGUUAAGAGGUACAGGCCAGAGUCAGAACAGUCUGUGGAUGUCUGUGCCUAUGGGGAGUUACCCCAAGACUAUUCUAACCCCCCCAUUUGCCUUUGCACCAGCCAUUCCCCCUACCACCUAGUCGGGAGGGUCCACUACCCUGUGAUGAACAACAUACUAGGGUUGGUACCAGUAGUGCUAUGAGGAGCCCACCACUCUUACCCCACAGUAUCCUCACCCCUUCUGGGUCAAUCAAGGGAAAGUACCAGGGCCCCUAGAUAGGGACAGAAAGGAGGGUAAAAAAUAUAAAAGGAAUACUGUACUUAAAAUGUGAAGAUUUGUAAAUAGUCUAGUCCAUGAUGAUGUUGGGGCAGAGCCUGAUUUCUACAUAGAAAUGACUUUUUUGUUGUUCUUUUCCUUAUCGUGCAAAGCUCUGUGCUCCUAGCGUGGGACAUGGCUUGGGGGUGGUGCUCCCCAGCAUAGGAAGAUUGUUGUGUUAUUUGUUCGAUUUCAAUAAAAUUAUUUGUAGAUCCUGUA